GGAUUGGAUAUGAGGUUCCCGUGUAGAGCCAAUCAAAAUCAUUUGGAGGCGCGGUUAUCAAGCCACACGGAAGUUACUGCGCAUUUCACGUUUUCGAAGCUGAGCUUACACUGCACCAGCGCCCCAGCUCCUGUCAUUAUGUGGCCAGUGUUAUGGAUGUCCAUGCGGACCUACGCCCCCUACAUAACCUUCCCGGUGGCCUUCGUGGUGGGGGCGGUGGGGUACCACCUGGAGUGGUUUAUCAGGGGGGACACCACCCCUAAACCUGGGGAGGAGAAGAGCAUCGUGGAGCUGAGGGAGGAUAGGAAGCUGGAGGAGGGGACAGGACGGGACAGCACCCAGGUCCUCAGUCUCAAAGAGAAGCUGGAGUUUACCCCCCGGGCAGCGCUGGACCGCAACCGACCCGAGAAGAGCUAACCGUGCCUGGGGUUAGGCUGACUGGUGUCCACCACCCCUAGUCCUGGAUCAAGGGGUGAAGGGAGUGGAAUGAUGGAUAUAAACCCUGGUUUCCUGAUGCUAUGUAUUGGCCAAUGAGAGGCGUUGAAGCCACUGGUCGGCCAUAUUGUCACUCCCCAGAAGAAGCAGUC